AUUUAAAGCGCGCGGGGGAAAGCUCAUUAGAACAUUACACUGAGACUGACUUAACGUUGGAUUACCCGGACUCGCCCUGCCCGAGGCAUCAACAACCGGACAGCUCAUCUGAUUCGGUCCGUCGAGAACGCUUCACUCCACCGGACAACCUGCAGCUCCUCACAUCUGCAGUAGCAACAUUUUGGGGAUUCCCAAAUAUUGACCAUAUCAAAUUAAUAUUCCUACUGGAUUUCGAAUCAACAAUUUAUAGUUUCUAUAAAGUUUUCAAAAUUUGAUCAACAUGCUUGGAAACAUGCGUCGGCACAGUCUACGUUUGCAGCACGAGCUUCACCGGUGGAGCAUCUGCGACACCGGCAGCCACCUGCUGUCUGACAGCAUGACGCGGGUCCCGUCCUGCAUCUCGCGCUCCAAGUCAUACAUGAGCUCUGCUGGGGAGUCGAACGGAAGCCGCGAGAGCUGGUCGUCUAACGAGUCUGUGGUCUCUACCGAUUCGGUGUGUGAUGUCGAGAGCAGCAAGGGCCAGUUCCGCGUGGUGCUUCUAGGAGCCAACGGAGUCGGGAAAACUGCUCUCGCCAGCAUUUUCGCGGGCGCAGCGGACAGCAUGGAUAGCGAUGACUGCGAACUGUACGCAGACAAAGUGUGUGAGCAGGUUCUUACCGUGGAUGGAGAGACUGUAACGUUCACUCUGGUGGAUACAUGGGAUGGAGAAGAUGAAGGUGGCUGGGCUCAGGAACAGUGUAUGCUGACAGGUGACGCCUUCCUCCUGGUCUACUCUAUAACUGACCGGGCCUCCUUCCUGCGAGCCUCAGAGCUGCGUAUAUCCCUCCGCUGUCUGCGCCCAGCGCACCACACACCAAUCAUCCUGGUGGGGAACAAAUGUGACCUGGUCCGCAGCAGAGAGGUGUCUGUCAGUGAGGGCCGUGCGUGUGCUGCUGUUUUUGACUGCAAGUUCAUCGAGACUUCGGCUGCCAUGGAGCACAACGUGUGGGACGCCUUCCAUGGCAUCGUCAGGCAGCUGCGUCUCCGCCGCGACACCAAGGAGGCCAACGAGCGCCGCAGACACACUCACAUUCACACUCACACACACGCACAGCACCAGAGCAUGCCCAGGAAGGCCAAGCGCUUCCUGGACAAGAUGGUGGCCAAAAACAACUCCAACGUGGCGUUCCGGCUCAAGUCUAAAUCCUGCCACGAUCUCUCUGUGCUCUAGGACCCAGAAGACACCUGUACCCUGGUCCAUGCCCGCCUCUACACCACAGUCUACAUUAGACUGAUCCGUCUGAACUCAACUGUUAUCCCAGUCGCCAGCCUCUGUGAUGGACUGGAAAAUCAGCCAAUGGACGUAUUCGCCUUGUCUGACAGACAGAUCUGUGGAGAGUAAUGACGCUUUGAAAGUUUGAGAGACAAACUAACGAGAGACUCUGAAAGAGAGAGCAGUUUAGAGGAGCAAGAUGAUGUCAGAUGUUUGAGAAAGACAGCAAUCCCCUCCCGCUCUCUCCUUCCUGCCUUUUGUCUCUCCUCUUUCUCAUCCUUCGUUUGUGCGCCCUACCAAGUGCCAAGGUUACCCCAGCAACAGUAAGCCUACACCAAUGAAACGUUGUUACUGUUAUUUUCUAAUCAGCGUCUGUAUUGAGCUGGUCAACACUGUGUUGUCUGAUUUGUGAGCACUGUCUAUUGAAUUAGUGAAUAAAAAACAUUCCUAA